AUGCAACAUGCUGGUGCCCCAGAUGCACAGGAGGUGCUCACAGCCAUGGAGGGCCUCAACAAGACCCAUACGGUCCUGAAGCCCAUGAUCCCGCAGAUUGGCGUGGCAGCUGCGGUGCGACGGGAUCGCAAGCCCAACUUGGUGCCAGACGUGCAGCAGGACCGCAGCCCUGGCCAUGGCCCUUGGGCCGAUGCCACGCCCGAUGCCCUCGCGGCAGGAGAUGUUGGUCUACGCCUGGAAUAG